ACGAUAUUUAUAUCAACAAUGGUUCAAUCUACCUUGAUAUAUAGAUAUGAUGCCUUGCCACUUUGUGGAUCUGUAGAUGAUAGCAAUGAUCCAGCCCUUGUUGAACAAAAAAAGAAAUGUAAGAUAAUCAUCAGUAGGGUGACUCCAAACCUGGAGCCACAAGCCACGCUUGAAUCCGGAGCCUACAACAUCCACUAUCUCAUUGAUAAUUCAAUUAUUUAUUUAUGUAUUUGUGAAAAGUCUUACCCACGUAAAUUGGCAUUUUCAUACUUGUCAGAAAUUUCUCAUGAAUUCCAACAUUCACAUGGUCAAGAAGCGUUAUCUAAUGCAGCCAGACCGUUUGGAUUCAGCUCGUUUGAUACCUUUUUGGGCAAGACAAAGAAAGUAUAUCUGGACCAAAGAGCACAAUCCAACCUUGACAGAUUAAAUAAUGAUUUAGCAGAUGUCAAGAAAGUAAUGACGAAAAAUAUUGAAGAUUUACUCUAUCGUGGAGAUUCACUUGAUAAAAUGAGUGAUUUAUCUUCGAGCUUACGUAACGAUUCUAUCAAGUAUCGUAAACAUGCUCAAAAGAUUAAUUUUGAUGCAUUGAUAAGACAAUACGUUCCAAUUGUUGGAGUUGGAUUAUUUUUUGUAUUCAUAGUGUGGUAUUGGUUUUUAAAGUAGAGAGAAUAGGAGAUAUGAGAGAAUAAAUAAAGGUACCAAUAUAUAAAUA